AUGGACAACAUCCCAAUAGUGAGCCUACAAUACAAGGGACAGUCCAUUGAGAGCACAGUUGUCAGCGAUGGCGACGAGAUUAUUAUGGAGUGUUCAGUGAAUGGCAAUCCAUUAGCAAAAGUUGUACUCUUCACACACGACGGCAUCCAAUUAGUCAGUGACUCGCAGUCAGGUAUUAUUGUCAAUAACUCAUCGCUGGUUAUAACCAGUGCCCGAGCCAUACACGGCGGAAGCUACCAGUGCUGGGCCAUCAACUCGCAGGGGAAGGAUCCGCCCGUUUGUAGCCAACUGUCCACAACAGUACGCAUACAAUCGCUGGUAGAGCCCCUGAAACUGGUGUGUAAAGUGGACGCCCAGCCCUCCGAAGUGGAGUUCCGGUGGUCGGCCAACUCGAGUGCCGCUAAGUUUCAUUCGGGACACGACUACAACUCGGACGGCCUGUCCAGCACAUUAACCCUCGAGCCCACCCUAAUCACAUCGGACAGGGAUGUUGUAAUCCAAUGCGUGGCCAGCAAUACGGUGGGAACCACACGCCAGCCCUGCCUAUUCACGUUCAUACCGCCUACCAGUCCCCCACCGAUCACCGACUGUCAGCUCCGUAACCGUACGACCACUGGACUCGUAGUGGAUUGCGUGCCACCAGCACCGGGGGGUGUCGGAGGUCUGGCCCAGAGUUUCUAUCUGGAGGUCUUCGACAGCAAUCAGGUUCUGGUGAUGAAUGUGUCCAGCGAUGAGGUGCCGGUGUUUGCGGUGGGAGGGCUGGUAUCCCAGGCCAGCUACUCGGCCCGCGUCUACGCUGUCAACCAAUUGGGCAAAAGCCCGGCCUUUGACGUCAAACUACAGACACAUAAACUGUUUAACAAGAAAUUCAUACUAGACAGCCCGCAGACCGACUCAUAUGAGGUGUGGACAGCACUGGUAGCCGCGCUGCUAGUGAUCGGAGUACUCGUACUGAUCAUAAUCACCAUAAUAUGCAAAAUUCGUGUUCGCGAUCGACAUAAGAAUAUCAAGAAUAAGUCGCCUAUAGAUACCAGUGAUAUAUCAAUGGCUAACAAAAUGCUUAAUAAUAUAGACAAUCAAAAAUAUACAAUAUAUUUGGUGCCAAACAAUACCAUCGAACAGAAUAUUCUGAUGAAUGAUAUACGGAAUCCUGAUUUGAUUCCCGAUAUAUAUGACCUGGAUAGCAUUGAACUGUCCGAUCGCACCGACUGUUUAUCAAUGGGUCGACCGGUGGCGGCGCAAGCUAUACAAUCAAACGGUGAUAUACACCAUAAAUUGAAUUUAAAUAGCAUUCACCGCAAGAAUAUUCCGGGAAAUUCUGUAUUCGUUACGAAUCAAAGUCUCCGAUCGCAGCAUCAAAUCAACAAUAAAUCAAUUCUCGACUCAAAUGACAUCGAAAUUCACGCUAUCCAACUGAAUCCCAAUGAGGAUACUGUAUAUCCACUCACGACUGCUGUUUAAGGCAUCACUUCCAGUGGUAUUUCAAAUAUCACAUUAAAAUAAUCAUAAAAUACUUUGUUUGCUACACUUCUAUACUACCGGUGC